ACCAAAUAUAAUUUGAAGAUAAAAUCUGAUUUGAUUUGAAUUAGUUUUAAUAAGAAUAAAUGCUAAUCAAAAGUUAAAAUUGAAGAGUACAAAAUGAUUUAAAUGGCUCAAAACCCUAAACCCCAACACAAAAACCCCCCUUCAAGCAUCAUCCGCAUUUCUCAGAGAGCUCAAAACCCUCUAAAAAUGGCUUUCCUUAGAGGCAUUACUCGUUCUCGGAGUUUGUUCUCCGCCGUUCAAAAGCUCCGAUCCCGUCCGGAUUCUCCCAGUCUCGGCCACAUUUCGCGUAUUCCUGAAACUCAGCGGAGAUCGAUUUCAUUUCCCAGUCUAUUCAGCUCCAAAAUUGAUUCCGAUUCGGACAAGGUCGACGUCGGCACCACGGAGGAAGGCCAUCGCGCGAGGCAUGAAUUGACAGAUCCGGAAGAAGAAUCCCUAGUUUUGCAAGAGAAUCGAGAAAUAGAGGAGGCGUCUAAGAACGAUGAUGAUGAUGAUUCAGGAAACCAAUCUAAGGUUCAUAGUCUGCGCAAAGCGUUUGUUAAAGCACCAUCGGUCAGGAAGCCACUAUCGCCGGAGAUGGCUAUGCUUGUGACUCACUUGUAUGAGGAAGGGUACUUCAAAGAUGCAAACUUUGUCAACAAGAAGGAGCUCGACAUUACUUGCUUUGAGCACAACUACGCUUGGAAUUACAUAAAGCGUGUCGCUGUCCAGUUUGGGAAGGAUAAACAAGAAGUUGCCAAGUUGCUGCCUGCUGAAGACUUGAAGAAGGUGGCUCUCUUUGGUUGCCCUUCUGUUAUGAAGAAGGGCAUACAAGCUGCUAAAAUUUUGCGUCACUUAUUCAAGAUUCCGGAAGACACGGUGUGUGGAAAAUGUGCGUUAAGACACUCGUGUAAGUUUGAGAACGAGGAUAUGUGGAGUCGUUUUAAAGUCACAGAGCUUCAUCUGCAUCAUGUGAUGAAGAUUAUCACGCUCUAUGCCUUGGGACCGAUACCCGAGGGACUGGUUGUUCCAGCAGAAAUUAAGGAAUCGGUUAAUCGGUUGCUGCUGGAGGUGGUCAACCUUAGCAAGACUCGUUCGGCCAAGCACGACUCGGAGGAUGUUGGCAUUCAAUUCACUGCCAACUAGACUGAAUUAUUUCCCCCGCCGUCAGUUUAUCUGCUUUUAUAGGUAAGUAAGGUUAAGGCCUCUAUGGGACGAUAACUAGGUUGUUGGAUUUUAUUGGACUAUAACUUUUGUGGGUGGGAGUAUAUUGUUAAGGCGUCUGCGGUUCAAUUACUCAAUUUCAUUUUUUUUAAUAUCCGCAAUAAGUAAAUAUUUUUUUA